AUGUUCUGGUUUGAUCUUUUCCUGCUGACGGCGGCGCUCUACUAUCUGGACAUUGCGCUGGAUUUCAAGCAACUUCGUUUAUUCUGGCAGAAGGGCCUUUUUGGCUACCUCGUGCUCAACGUCGCAGGGAUGGCACUCCCUCCCGUGUUCACAGCACUGGAGGCGAUCCAUUUCCUCGAUCGGCCCUCGCCAGAGCAGGAUCAGCUCAAGAAGAUGCUCGCGCCGAAGAUGCUGGUGCCAGCCAUGCUGCUGGCCAUCCUGUCACAAACGCACGUGGAACCGACCAACUUCCUGGUUUCUGCCCUGGGCCAAAUUACGCAGAUCGAGGAGCUCGAGCUUUCCGGCGCCCAGCUAGACAGCAUGAAGCUGUCGGUCCUCGUGUCAUGCUUCAGCCUUGGCCUGGGCUUCGCGAGCCGAGACAAGGCCGACUCGGCCGUUGUGCACCUUCCAGGAAAAGUCGGCUGGGGCCCGACCAUGGUUGGACUGGUGCUGGCGAGGUCGCUCGAGGUCUUCAGCCGCAUUCUGGCCUAUAACAUUCUGCAAGCAUCCCUGCGGGGCUAUCCGCUGCUGCAACUCGCUGGCCUUGAAGCAGUUGGACUCGCUUUCCUCGCAGCAUGCUUGGCCUUCCCCGACGCCUCCUGGGCCGACGCGGCGGCCGCCGUGAUCGCCCAUCCUGGGCAGAUCCUGGAGCCGACUUCCCUGGUGAAGUUGCGGCUUCUCGGCGGUCGACUGCGGGUAGAAUUCGAGCUGGGGGAGGGUGGGAUGCGGAGAGAUGCAGAG